UCAUGCUGCUGCCAAGUCCAGAGUCUCUCAUGGGUCCCUGUACGGCCUCCCAUUGCUGCUGUCUCCAUCGCCACACUCUGCCAUGUGCCACUUUCAGGUCUCCUCACACUGCUGGUGUGUUCCAUUUUUUGUCAUAGGGUGCUGGCAGAUUACGGGCCUCCCAUAGCUGCUGCCAGGCCCCUAAUCUGCCAUGGGCCCCUAUACCGCCUCCUCAUGCUGCUGCCAAGUCCAGAGUCUCUCAUGGGUCCCUGUACGGCCUCCCAUUGCUGCUGUCUCCAUCGCCACACUCUGCCAUGUGCCACUUUCAGGUCUCCUCACACUGCUGGUGUGUUGAAUUUUUUG